AUGACUGCUAGUUAUAUUAGAAAAGAAGCUAUCGAGGUUCUAGGGGUUUCAAGAGAAAUCUUUGGUGGUCAUCAAGGAGAUUGGUGGUGGAAUGGAGAAGUUCAAGACAAAGUGAAAACUAAGAAGGUUGUGUAUACAGAGUGGUUGGAGUGCAUGGAUGAGGAUGAGAAGUAUAGGCUUAAAGAUAUUUAUAAGAGGGUCAAGAUGAAAGCAAAGUCGGCAGUCACUAGUGCAAAGACAACAACUUUUGAAUGCUUAUAUGAUGAGUUAGGAGAAAAAGGUGGAGAUAAGAUAUUGUAUAGGCUUGCCAAAGUGAGAGAGAGAAAAGCCCGCGAUUUGUAUCUAGUAAAGUGCAUCAAGGAUGAGGAAGGAGAAGUGCUAGUGUAUGAGAACUUUAUCAAGAAAAUGUGGCAAACUUACUUCCACGGACUCUUAAAUAAAAAAAGAGACAGAGACAUUGCACUGGGUGAUUUGGUGUACUCUCAUAGUCUUCGAGGCUUUGGGAACUGCACGUGUUUUAGGGUUGAAGAGGUUAGAUGUGCUAUUAUCCGAAUGAAGAGGGGGAGAGAGAUCGGGCUUGAUAAGAUUCUAAUGGACUUUUGGAAGAGCAUUGGCAAGACAGGUCUGGAGUGGUUGACUAGGUUAUUUAAUGUUAUUUUAAAGAUAGCUAAGGUGCCUGAUGAAUGGAGGUGGAGUACUAUGGUUCCAUUAUAUAAGAACAAUGAUGAUAUUCAAAACUGUAAUAAUUACAGAGGUAUCAAAUUAUUAAGCCACACGAUGAAGAUAUGA